CUAGCAACGCUGUAAACAAUGGCUGCCGAGUUCCUUCUGAAGUGAAGCUUUUUGCACCUGAAAUUCAGAAACGGGGAAGUUGUACUGUGUAUAUAUAUAUUUAAAAAAAGCUAAAUAGGAGAUCAAAAUUACACCACAGCCCAUCUUGUUAAUCUGGAUAAAAUUAGUAAAGGCCUGCGCGCGGGCGGGCCAGGAUGAGCGCGGCGCGGGAGACCCUGCGAGCGAUCGAGCAGAAGCGCCGGCGCUUCCGGCAGCAGCAGCUGACCUUCGUGGCGGCGCUGGGGAGGACGCGGGAGCACGCCCGCGAGAGGACCCAGCCCGUGUCCUCCAUCGCACAGGUUCAGCGCUAUCUGGACAAUCACUGUAAUAACGCCACCGACCGUCGCAUCCUCUCCCUCUUCCUGGAGAUCGUGGCAGACCUGCGCGGCGCGGCGCAGCUCCUGGAGGGCCUGGCGCCUGAGAACAGGCCUCCCGACGAGAGCCUGGAGGCCUGCAAGGCCUUGCUCUGCCCCACGAGCGACCUCAGCGCACUGCGGGCCAAGUACCCCCACGAUGAGGUGAACCACCUGAGCUGCGACGAGGCCAGGAAUUACUACGGAGGAGUGGUGAGCCUGAUCCCGAUGGCCACGGACCUGGCCUGGCAGUGCGUGUCCGGUGCCGGCCCAGCUCACAAGGCCCCGAAGAGGACCGGGCCGCCGUCCCUCCAGGGCGCGCAGCCCGGCACAGAGCAGCAGAGCAGCAGCGCCAAGGAGAGCCCUGCCAUCACGGCCGUGGGCACUCAGACCAAGCGGGCCGGCAACGCCAUGGAGCAGCUCCACUACUCCCCCACCAAAGGACAGGGGGGCUGGCACACCGGCAAGCCAGCCUGGAGACCUCCCGGCCACACCAGUAAAUUCUGAUCUUUCUCCCCCCCCCCCCACCCGCGACAGUGUUGCCACUCCAGCCGAUUCCUUCUCUGCUCUGUGAAAAGUAAAAAUGCACCCGUUCAAGCACGCCAAAGAGCAUCUCUCUCCAGAUUUUUGAUUAGACAAGCGCAAGAGUUAAAAGAAAAAGAUGUUAAUUAAGCCCAAAUUGUUACUCCUCUCUCUUUUUUGGUUUCUUAGGAAUCUGAGUGGACUUUACUACACAGGGGUAGGUUUGCAACACCUCAUGAUCAAUAUAGCCAUACGGCAGAGCUGAUCAGGGGAGGCGAGAAUUAGAUUAGAAGAACCCUGCGAUUUUUCCCCAACAACUGUAUCUUGACAGAGUUUGGCACAUUAUCUUGAUCAUACUCUUCUAGUAAUUAAACUGGUGAAAACGAGGUUAAACGCACAAUUUGCUAUUGGAUGCUGCACUAAUUUUGGCAAGAAUCUGACUCCACUUUGCCAGCUGCCACUUUGUCGAUGGUAUUAAUGCACUUCUCACAGUUCAAAAACAGAAAGAAGAUAGUUUUCUGAGCCUUUGCUCCAUCAAGAAAUGCUAUCAGGCAACACAUCACCUUAUAUAUUUAAAAUUCCUACCAUGCAAAACCUACUGACGUCUAAAAUGCAUGCUGUUGUAUGUCUCACAUGAUGCAGCUAUGAAGAAUUUUGGCAAGAUUAAAACUGAAGCAUUUUGAAUCAUCACAUGUUCAUAUUAUUCAAAAUCCAAUAAAGAGAAAAAAUAAAACAUUGACUGUA